AAGGGAAAGUGUGUGUGUGUGUGUUUAGUGUCGUCACCAUGGUCUUCCUCAGACGGACUCUGCUGCGUCGCUGCCUGCUGCUGUCGGCCAUAUUGGCUCUGCUCCUCUUCAGCAGCUCCUUCUGGUUACCUCAAGGUGGAGUCGCAGACUGUGGCAGCGCCGGGCAGCCAUGUUUGACUUUUAACCACCAAACGCCUGAGCCUCCAUUGGCCCCCAUUGACUGGGCGGAGCCUGGUGGAGCCCCGCCCCUCCUCCAGGAGUGUCCUGGCCAAUCAUUUCAGGCCUGGCGUCUUCUGCAGUACUUACAGUCCAGCCUGGCGGACGCUGACGACGUCCUGCUGGAGCCGUACCUACAGAGCUGGGAUCAGCUCCUCAGUUUCAUGGAGUCUCUUGGGUCGAUGGUCAGUUUCUUUUCUCAGAAGGUGGAGGAAAAGGUUGUGCUGAUCCGACAGCUUUCGCUCAAACACAGUAUGGGGGAUCAUGGGGGACGCGGUCCACCUGAUCUCGCUGGACUACAAAGUCCAGCAUCAUUUGGACUCAAAACUGGGGCCUAUCGGUCGAUUCGAUCCAUGGUGGAGGCGGAGCUAAAGGCGGGCAUCGUCGACUUCACGCGUCGUACAGAUUCGGGCUGCAGGACGCUGCUGCGGCUGCAUCGAUCUUUGCUGUGGUUGGAGCUGAUGUUGGAGGGUUUGGCUGAGGGGCCGGACACAGACGGACAAUACAAAACACCUGGAGAGCUGAGCAGGGACGCCUACAAGGUGGCGUUGGCCCCCCACCACCCCUGGGUGCUCCGACAGGCUGCAGAGUUUGUCUUCCUCGCCCUCCCAGACAGACAGUACUUCCUGCAGCUGGUGUGUGUGCGUAACCAGCAGGAGGCCACGCCCGUCCUGCACAUCAUCAUCCACGCCCUGAAGCUCGUGCACACACAAACCCAGCGAAUCCUGGCCGAACACGGCAUGCUGGAGCUGCCCUGACCGACACGCCUCGACACGCUGACUCAAUCCCACCAUCAGCAGCAGAGCCAGAACACCAAGACCAGUCCAGAGCAGCACAGAGACAUGAGGGACCUGAUGGGGGGACGCCUGAGGCUUUCCCCGUGCUGUUGGACAGAUUGCGACAGACAGUGGAAGGUGUCCAUCAGCGUGAGGGUGAGUGGAGAAUGACUGAAUUUUCAUGUUUAGGUGAAAAGAGCUUCAUAUUGUUGUAGCUCAGACUGCUGAGGUUACACUGGCAUUUGUACGACUUCUGUCAAACAUGGGACUUGAUAUGGGGAAGGUACGAUAUACAUAUAGAUACGCCAUAUUGCCAAAAGUAUUCACUCACCCAUUCAAAUAAUUGAAUUCAGGUGUUCCAGUCACUUCCAUGGCCACAGGUGUAUAAAAUUAAGCACCUUGACAUGCAGACUGCUUCUACAAACAUUUGUGAAAGAAUGGGCCACUCUCAGGAGUUCAGUGAGUGUCACUUUAGUUCAUGUGCGUGUAAAGGCAGAUAAGCAAAUACUUUUGACAAUAUGGCAUAAUUUACAAAACAAGGAAGUCCCCAGAAACCUGGAUGUUGGUGUUGACUGAUGGGUCACACUCACGACUUUGAACUGACGUCUGAAUUGACGACUGAAUGAACAAUGGGAGGAGAUGGGAGCAGUACGAGUUGAUGAUACACCUGACCUUCAAAGAUGCUGUCCU